AGGAAGCCACGUAAACCCAUUAUUCGUGUACUACAGUGAUGAAGAAACAGGAGAAGAUUGUUGGAUAUUUUAUUGGCUGGUCGAUUGUGAUAUACUUUUUGGUUAUUAAACGAAAUUUGGUGAACUGUGAUGAUUUUCCUUCACUGUUAUCAUCGAACGCAUCGAUAGCAAUCAUCCUAGAUCGAGAAUAUCUUGGAGAGCAGUACGAGCGAACGCUGGAUGAGACGAAAAUACUCGUCGAAAAGUUAAUUCGCGAAAAUCUGAAAAAUGGUGGAUUAAUUGUUAAGUAUUUCUCAUGGGCAAGUAUAAACUUGAGACGAGACUUUUCCGCAGUAAUAUCCGUAUCGAAUUGCGACAACACUUGGGCCAUCUAUCAGGCUGCGGUCCAGGAGCGGUUAGUAAUGCUCAGCGUCACUGAUUCCGACUGUCCUCGGCUGCCAUCGAACAAUGCAAUCAUGAUUCCGCGCAGUGACGGGACAGCCACCGCUUUCGAGGAAAUUUCCCAAAUUAUCCUGGAUAUGAAGAGCUCGAGGGCAAUAGAUUGGCGCACAGCCACGCUAUUGUACGACGAGGUUUUCGAUUACGACAUCAGUCGAUGUAUAUUGUCCCUGUUAGAGGAUCGUGAAGGUAUGCGUUCGUUAUCGCUAACGGAAUUCAAAAUUCACUCUCCAAUGCAAUCCUGGGAAAAGCGGAAAGAAAUUCGGCGGACGUUGCUCAGCAUACCAACAGCGUACACUGGGAGAAACUUUGUCGCUAUCGUAAGCACGGCAACGCUCGCUUUACUAAUGGAAAUCUCGAAGGACUUGAAGCUAGUGAAUCCUUCGUCGCAGUGGCUAUAUCUAUUGCCGGCAUCCGACAGUAACGUUGCCAACUUAUCGUCAUCUUCGGCAAUCAUUAACGAAGGCGAUAAUGUAGCUUUCGUGUACAAUACAGAACACAAGAGUAAAAACUGUACCGUGAACAUACUGUGUUACAUAGAAUCCUUUCUGGUACACUUCAUACGCAGCUUGUCGAAGUUGAUACGCGAAGAGCAGGUUGUGUUCGGACAAAUUUCGGACGAAGAGUGGGAAAUUAUUCGGCCCAGCAAAGUGGAGAGGAAAAAGAAGAUGCUCCAGAUGAUACAGUCAACCAUUACGGGUCAUGAUGAGUGUAACAAGUGCUCCAAAUGGCAGGUUCAAUCAGCUGAAACUUGGGGCUACAUCUAUAGAACGGAUUAUGCUGCAGAAAGUGCAUCAAAUAGAGCACGCAAAAGGUACACCAUGCUAGACACCGGGUAUUGGUCCCCGCAAGAUGGUUUCGUGCUGAACGAUGCUCUCUUCCCGCACACACGCUUCGGAUUCCGCGGUAGCCAACUAAUCUUUUACAGUUAUCAUAAUCCUCCCUGGCAGUUUGUCUCCUAUAACGAAUCGGGAUCCCCGGUCAUCACUGGUGGCGUGAUUUACGAUGUGCUGUCUGAGCUAUCGCGCAAACUUAACUUCACCUACACGCUCGUAAUCACGCAGGGAGCUAGUGAACAGAAUGGGUCGCUUAUCGACGAUAACUCCACGACCCUUUACGAAACAAACGGCUUGACGUCGGACAUCCCGCAAGAGAUCUACAGCACGCUGGUUAACAACAAGAUAUUGCUGGCAGCCAUUGGAACAACGGUUACCGAGAAACGGAAAAAGUACAUCAGUUUUACGGAUCCGAUUAGCAUUCAGACGUACAGCUUUGUAAUAUCUCGACCUCGUGAGUUGAGCCGUGUCCUGCUGUUUCUCUCUCCAUUCGGUUCGGACACGUGGUUGUGCCUGACGGCCGCCGUAGCUGUAAUGGGCCCCAUACUAUACGUAAUAAAUCGUCUCAGUCCGUACUAUGAAACACACGGCAAGCCCUCGAAUACCGGACUGGGAAAGGUGAACAACUGUUUUUGGUACAUCUAUGGAGCACUGCUGCAACAAGGAGGUCUUUACCUGCCUUACGCUGAUAGCGGAAGAAUCAUUAUCGGCACCUGGUGGCUGGUUGUGCUGGUGAUUGUGACUACCUACUGUGGUAACCUGGUUGCGUUUCUGACGUUCCCAAAGAUCGACAUCCCGGUCAACAGGAUUAUGCAGCUGCUGCGCAACGAACGCGGCAUGACGUGGAGCAUCAGGAAGGGCACUUUCCUCGAAGAGGUGUUGAUGGAAUCGGACGAGAAUAAAUAUAUAGAGCUAUACCGUGGCAGUCAGGUCAUAACCGAGUUGACGGACGAACUGGUGCGACGUAUUGAGGCGGGGCAGCACGUUCACAUCGACUGGCGUAAUAAUCUCAAGUACCUGAUAAAGAAACAGUUUUUGGCGACGGAUCGGUGCGACUUCGCACUCAGCACGGACGAGUUCCUGGACGAGCAGAUCGCGCUAGUGAUGCCGAAAGACAGCCCCUACCUGGAGCUGGUAAACGACGAGAUCCGGCGGAUGCACCAGUUCGGUUUCAUCCAGCGCUGGAUUAGCCAGUACCUACCUUCGAAGGACCGGUGCAGUGGCACAAGCAACAAAGCGAUGGACGUACAAAAUCACACAGUCAACAGCUCGGACAUGGCCGGCUCCUACUGGAUCCUGCUUCUCGGUUUUUCCAGUGGAUUGAUUAUUUUUAUUGGCGAGUUCGCAAUCCACUGGUACCGGCAGCGCCGGCUGGCGAAGGCAGUCGUCACUAGCUACAGCAGUUAA